ACAAAACAAUACGACAUACAAUUUUUGACAAUUUAAUUCGUAAAAAAAGAGAAUAACGAAAAAAUGUCUCAAGAAAAAAUCAAUCAACGUUUGAUUAAAUCAAACAUUGAUCAAUUGAGUAAAAUAGUUAAAAGACCUGCUGUCACUGAAAAGAUAUUAUCACGUCCACCAUUUCGAUUUAUAUUCGAUCUGACUACAAUGAUUAUCAAAACAACUGGAUAUCUUCGUGGCCUUUAUAGUGAAGAGGAAUUCAAUUUUGAUAAUGUCAACGUGAAUAAAGAGACAAAAAUGGCUUUUCUGGACAAACUAAUCGAUGUGAUUGGUUUUAUCAAUGGUAAACCAAUCGAUUGUAAAUCAGCUAAAAUUGUUGCAGGAGUUGAAGUGGAAAAAACUAAUAAACUUCUCAAUGAAUUUGCUAAAUGUGUUUUGGAUAAGAAACCGUUUUUAGAAUCAGUGGAAAAGGUUCGUAAAGGACCAAAGAAUAAAAUCGAUAAGGUGGACAAUAAUAAAGAAAAAACAACAAAAGCUGUUAUGGCAGAUAAACAAAGUGAUGGAGAAAUCAAAUCAAAAAAUACGAAAACAAAAUCUACUAAGCAAACAACUAAAGCUACUGUGGCUGAUAAAGUUAAACAAACAAAUCAACAAGAAAUAAAAAAAUCAACAUCCGUCAAAUCAAGCGAUUCAUCAAAAAAUGAAAUCGAUAAAUCGAAUAUCAAAGAAGAAGAUAAUAUCGAUGAAAUGAAUACAAGUAAGGUUGAUGAUGUAAAAGAAGAAAAUUCGGAAGAACUUACCAUUGAUUCAGGAUUGGAUAUUGACACCAUAAAUUACAAUAGUAAUCGUCGUCCAUCAACGACAACCAAAACAGACAUUCAGAAUCGUGAUGAAAAGAAAGUACAGGAAAAAGAUGAUCAUUCUGUCAUCGAAACAACACCGGCUGUGCAAGAUGAUCUUGAUGAUGCCCUAGAACAACAAUUAUCAUCAUUAGAUAAUGGUAAUCAAUUGAUAAAAAAUGGAAAACAAAUUAUGGAUGAAGAUUUGCCCAUCAUCAUUAACGAUAAUCAAAUGAAUAAGAACGGUAGUGAAAAGAAUUCGAACAAAACAUUCGAAUCGAUGGAAAACAAUCGAUCAAAACAAUCGAUUCCUCCGGUCGAUAAUGAUUUUCAUCUAAAAUCAAAUGAAUCAUUAUCAAAUAAGGCAAUUAAUAAUAAUAACGAUGAUGAUGAUGAUGAUAAAAAUAAACAAAUUCAAUCGAAUCGGCCGAAAAAUCAUCGUGAAAAAUCAUCAACAAUUCUAAGAAAAGAUUUAAAAAAUGACGUCAAUGAAACGAUGAUGAUAAAAUCAAUGGUCGAUAAUAAUAAUCGUAUAAAAUCCAGUGCAUCAACAUCAAUUAGAUCGGCAAGACCAAAAAGCUCUAGGCCAGCACCACCAAGAGUAAUGACAGCAUCAAGAUCACGAUUAAGUCAAUUAAUGGAAAAUCGUACCGAACAAUUUGGAACCGAAACAACAACAACCAUAAAUUCAAAUAUUUGGAUACCCGAAACUGUUGAUGAUGAAAUGGAUGAAUUUUUAAUUAGUUCACAAAAACUUCAAGAUUCAUUUUUGACAUCAGAUUCAAAUAAUUUAGAUCAAAUUACCGAUAAUAAUAAUAAUGAUGUAAAUCAAACGGAAGAAUCUAAAAGUAAAGGUCAUCUUGUGCAGCAAUUAAUGGCAACAAAAACAGAACUUGAAGGACAAAUAAAGGAUUCUAAUCAUUUGGAUUCCAACAACAGCAACAAACAACCAAUGAUUAAUGAUACAAAUCAAUUAAAAAAUCAAAUACAAUCAUUAUGUCAAUCGAUUGGUACAUUAACAAAAGCAAUGAAUUAUUUACAUGAAGAUGUUGAACCAAUGUUGGAUGAAUUAACCAAAUGGAAAACAGAAUAUGAAACUAAUAAUAAAAUUAUAAUGAAAAUUCGUUCCGAAAUGAAUAAUGAUUUAGAACCAUUAAGAAAAGAAUUGGAACAAAUUGAACGACAAUGUGAUGAUUUUUCCGAACAAAUUCGUAUAACAAAAUCGAAUGUAUUUCGUAAUGAACAAAUUAUUACUAAAUUAAUUAAUUCAGUUUGAUUUAAUGAA